AAAAUGAAUAAACGUGUAAUAAAUAUGAAGAUAUCGAAGAUCGGAUAGAUAUUGCACCUGGAAAAACGUCAAUUAAUAAAUUAAUGAGAGACUUAUUUGAAGGAAUAAAAAUAUAUAAAAUUGAUUCGGCAUUCCACGCAGGUGUUGACGCACUCCAUCGAUUGGCACUUGCGUUUCAGUUGUAUUAGCGACUGCUCCCAAAGACGUACCUCACGAUUAUCUGAAUGAUAAAAUCGUCUGCAUUCAUCAGUCAGUCUUCAUCACCAUGAAGUGCCUUUUGCUGUCACUCUGUCUUCCUCUCGUCUUGUGCAUCACCAAUGCCGACGAUGAGAAAACAGUGGAGGUCGAAUCACCACUGGGUAAAAUCCGAGGAUCAUUGAUGCAGUCAAGAUUGAAACGAAGAAUUCACUCGUUCCGGGGUGUACGGUAUGCAGAGCCUCCAGUUGGUCAGGAACGGUUUAAGCAAGCAAUUCCUGUCAAACCCUGGAACGAGACCUUCGAUGCCAGCCAAGAAGGUCCCGCAUGCCCUCAACCUGGUAUAGAGCACUAUUCCGAGGAUUGCUUACGUCUCAAUAUCUACACGACGCAGCUGCCGACAGCGGAUAAUGCAGUAAGCCGUCCGGUGAUUGUGUAUUUCCACCCUGGGGGGUUCUACGGAUCCUCGAGCCAGAGUUUCAUUGAUGGACCGGAGUACUUUAUGGAUCAGGAUAUUGUGCUCGUAACGGUCAAUUACCGUCUGGCAUCAUUAGGGUUCUUCAGCACUGGUGAUUCAUUAGCACCUGGCAACCUUGGCCUGAAAGACCAAGUCGAGGCGCUGCGCUGGGUUCAAAAGAACAUUGCAACUUUCGGUGGAGAUCCAAAUUCCGUGACAAUCGUCGGCUACAGCGCAGGUGGAUGGAGUGUUUCUCUUCACAUGGUGUCACCGAUGAGUAAAGGAUUAUUCCAUCGGGCGAUCGCCAUGAGCGGUUCUGCCACUUAUCAGAAUCCUUUGCCAACGGACCAGAAGCAUCUCGCUCACAAGCAAGCGGAGAUCCUGGGAUGCCCCACAGACACCACUGGAAAUAUGCUCAUCUGUCUCAAUACCAAAACAGCAGAUGAAAUCGCUAAUUCAACGCGACAAUUUUUUGAAUGGCAUUACGAUCCCAUCUUGAUUUGGCUACCAGUGGUUGAGCCAGAAGUUCCAGGAGAAGAGAGAUUCCUUCCCGAUCAACCGGUGAAUCUCAUCAGACAAGGAAAAUUCAAUCAAGUCCCACUGAUAACUGGAGUGACUAAAGACGAAUUCGGUGGUCGAGUUGUGCCCGCUGUUGAAGCUGCAAAGGCUGGGAACAACUCCAUAUUCGACGACAUCAACGCCAAUUGGUCAAGGAUUGCUCCAAUCAUUGCCCUGUAUGAGCGAGACACAGCUAGAUCAGUAUCUGUGAGUGAAGAAUUGAGACAAUUCUACCUGAAGGGUAAACCUGCUGGAUUAGACAACUACCGAAGUCUCGGCGAGAUCUGGGCUGAUGGCGUUAUUGGUUUCUCCGUUCAUCGCCUAGCUAAACUGAUGGCUGAAUUCUCCUCUCAACCCGUCUAUUACUACAAAUUCUCGUAUCAAGGACGAUACAGUCACGCAACAUGGGAUGAUAAAAAACCUUUUGGUGUUGUUCAUCAUGACGAUUUAUUGUACCUCUUCAACGUAAGUUUCUUCCCGUAUUUCGAAGAAAAUUCCCCGGAAAUUCCAACCGUCGAGCGUCAGACGACCAUGUGGGCAAAUUUCGCCAAGACUGGUGAACCCAUUCCUAAAGAUCACAAAUUAUUUUCAAACAUCACUUGGAACAAAUUUACAUUAAGCGACAAUGCGUAUUUGGAUAUUGAUAAUGAACUCACAAUGAAGACUGGUCUGUACACCGAGAGGAUGAAUCUGUGGGAAAAACUCUUUCCAAUUAAUCCACUGCCUUAGAUAAGCCAUCUUUCAAUAUUUAGUUACGCCAUAUUGUCGAUUUAAUCUAUGUUCACUAUACGUGAAUCAAGUGUAAAUGCUUUUGUAAUACGAGUAUUCGAGGCAAUAUAAUGUGUUAUACUGCAUAAUUAAAAUGACAUGUGCAAUUUGAA